AACACACGGGACACCGCUGGUCUGGAUAGCUUUAGCAUAGCACAGCUAGGACUCUACUAGAAAACUCUGUUACGCUACAGUUUACACGGUUUUGAUCUGAAGAUGAUCAUUUAUGAGCCAGAUCUAUGACUGAAGAUACUUCAAUGUCAAGAUGAUUGGAAAUCAUAGACGGAUAGAAAUGGACCUGGCUGUAGGAUCAUCAUCAAAGCAUUAUGGGUCAUCCAGAAGUAUUGUCAGAAGAAUUGCCACAAAUCUUCCCCUGGCCCCUUGUCCUCGUGUACAUUUUCAGCUUCAUCCGUUUGCUUCAGGAGCGAGUUUCCUCAACAGCCCAAAUGGGCCAAACGUGGCCACGCUCGCUGACGUUGCCUGGAUCGACAGAGAAGAGAGCGAUGGUCCUAGGAGAAUCAGAUGUGAGGCAGAUUCAGGGUUGGUUUUUCGCACUCAGGAGCGGCGGCCCCUGAGACGUCAGCGGUCAUUACCCAGCAUUCACCAGGUUGAACCCGCGAAACAGAGCCAGACUGUUAUCAAUGAUGAAGCUAUUCAGAAGAUCAGCGUUCUGGAGACGGAGCUGGCCAAACUAAGAGCGCAAAUCGCACAGAUUGUCCAGGCACAGGAGCAAAGCGCUCAGUCCCCAGCACCAGGUGGUCCUCCUGUACCUCCACCAAUGGCUCCAGUUCCUCCUCCACCACCACCACCACCACCUCCUCCUCCUCCGUGUCCCACUCCCAGCAUGCAGAGAAGCUAUUCCGCUAUUGACCUCAUCCGAGAGCGCCGUGGAAAAAAGGCUGAGCAGAACACAGUAUUGGACUCGGCCACUAAAAAGCCAGAGCUUCCCAACAUGCUCGAUGUGCUGAAAGACAUGGGCAAAGUCAAGCUGCGCUCAGUUAAGAGCCAUCAAGAGGAUGGAAAUGUGAAAGCCAAACCUGUUGAACCCACAGAUGCAGCGGCAAUGAUCGCAGAAGCCCUGAAACGCAAGUUCGCUCACCGCUUUCGAAAUGACAGCGAAUGUGACGGCGCUUUUACCUUCACUGCUUCUGAGAAUAAACCCCAUGUGGAAACACCGCUGUUUGGACAGCACAUGCUGAAAUCGACUGGAAGGAGGAAAAUGCAUUAGGACGGAGUUACUCAUCUAAAUGGGUAAAAACCUGACGACUUCAUUUUGAAACACCAGCUAACCUUUUCUGUUAGCUCUCAAAAUAUUGUUUUUGAAUAUGCCAAACGCUACGCUGUCGAUCUGGUUUCUCAAUUGAACAUCGUUGUAUUUUUGCACUUUAAAUAGUUCAACUCUACCAGUACAUUUCGUACCACAGCCAGUUCCACCAUUAAUGCCAGUUCCAGAAUUGUUGGGUUUUAUAAUAUUAUGUUUGUGGUUUUAGUUGGAUUUAAGCUCAAAAGUGCAGAUAGUUGACCCUUCUUUCUGAAGGGAUGAAGCACCAGUAUAUGGAUUGUUGUUUUUCGGUUUUUAAAUCAGUCAUUUUGUGUAUUUCAACACUUGUUUGUACGAUUCAUAGCUGCUGGAAAAUCACUUUAUUUUAUCAUGAGCAUUUUUUUAUAAUGUUGUGAACAUGAAUAGUGCAUAGACUGUGCUGUAGGUAGUAUUUGCUCACUAAUGUUGAGAGCUAAUUUAAAAAGCUUUUUUUAGGUUGUAAUUUAUUAUUUGGGGACAUUUCUAUUAUGUGGUUUUAACCAGUUUAGCAAAUCACUUGAAUAAUGGAGUUUUGUUUCAUUUGAAAUACUAACAUAUUUAAGGCUGCUAUAGUCUGUUGCUUUUUAAAGGGAUAGUUCUCCCAAAGUUGAAAAUUUGCUGUUAAUUCAUUCAGUCUCAGGCCAUACAAGUUGUAGAAAAAUUGGUUUCUUCAGUAAAAAAACAUAAAUAAGAUUUUUAGCUGAAACUGUGGUAGCAAGUCAGUGGCUGCCAGCACUUUGAGAGUCAAAAAACAGGUACAGUGAAAACAGAACUGUGGUUCCUCAUUCAUUUAUGUCUGAUGAGACCGUAUUAAAUGAUGGAUCCUGCAAGCCCUGUGAUUUCAGCUAAUAAUCAUUUUUAUUGUUCUACUGAAGAAAAUUUGUCAUGAGGGUGUGUUAAAAGCAGUUUCUUUUUGUUGUUGUUUUGUGAACUUUCUCUCUGUUGAGUAUGGUAUGACAGUGUUUGUACCUUUUAAAGGUUUGUUCUUUUGCACAUUGUGCAGCAGAAGCAUUAUAUUGCAAUAUAGGAUUUCUCAUUUCAACAGUGUAUACUGGAACUAAUGGCCAGCACGUAGAAGCAUUACCUCAGAACAAAAGGUACACUACCUGUCAAAAGUUUGGGGUCAGUUUUUUUUCCAUGUUUUUUUUUUUUAAGAAAAUUAUUCGGUUUCUCAACGUGGCAUUUAUUAAAUGUAAAAUAUUUGUUAAAAUUAAGUAACUGCUUAUUGUAUGUAGUUUCAAAUGAAAUCAUAACUUCAGUCAUUGUUGCUUUUAUUACUAAUAAUUAAGAGUGAUUUCUGAAGGAAUGUGUGACUCUGAAGCUGAAAAUCUAUCUUUUAAAUAAUAAUGUAUUAAAUUUUAAACAACUUUCAAACAGUUAUUGUGUAGUACAAUAAUAUUUCACAAUUUGUACUCUAUUUUUGAUUAAAUAAAUGCAGCUUUAGUGAGCAGGAGCUCAUUUAAAAACAUGUAAAAAUCCUACUGAUCCCAAAUUUUAACCGGUAGUGUAUAUUUUUGUUUUAAAUUCUGAUCAGAAUGGCCUGAUUUCAUCCCACUACAGAACUGUUGAAUGGAUUUUGAAUGUCUUGAAUAAACCAACUUGUGUA